AUGAUCACAUCGAGACCCGCCAAAGCAGCCCCAGAACGACCGGCAGAGUCAGUCGCAGCCCGCCUAGUCCGCCUGCGCUCCGAACAAGCCAGCGGAUCCCGCCCCCGCUUCUCAUCACUUCCGCCACAAACCUCAUCCUCAACUUCGCGAUGGCUCGAGUCUGUGACGGCGGCUGAACGUCCAGCACCUCCAAGACCUGUAGACAGGAGGAGGGGUAUCGCCGGUCCGCCUCCGCCGCCUUCGUGGCAAGCUGCAGCCGCCUCUGUUCGGAUUGACCCCUCUCAAGCGGUCGAUGGGCGCAACAGGCAGGGCACCUGGCUGAAGCCGCACGAGCUGGUGGAAAGGGAGAAGCUGGCGUCGCGGCUGAAGGGGCGAGCGAAGCCGAAGGAAGGACCCGUCGACCUGUUCGCGGCCGCCGGACGAGUCGUCGCAGACGACAUCUCGCGCGGAUCCGGCAGCAUUCUCCUUGAACACGUCGCCUUCCUACCCAACCACCUUCGCAUCCGCCUCCUCGAUGUGUUCGCCGACUGGCGGAACCCGUCGCCUCUCACGGACGACGGGUUAAAGCAGUUGCUGCGACGGGAUGUGAGCGAUGGCGCGGAGCUUUCGCUGGAAGAGCUCGAGGCGCGGAUGGAUUCGUUGGCGGUGGAUGAUACGGAAGACGAGAUUGAAAGCGACUGGGAGACAGCGCAUGGGAAGGAGACGAACUCGCUCGACGCCCUCGACUCCCUCGAUCUUUCUUUCUCGGCAGUCUCCCUUCGUACGCUUCGACAAGUCCUCCUCUACGACUCGCACGCUACGGCCUCGACGCAGCCCUCUCGACCAUCUAUACCAUCACUGCCGCCUGCACCUCCGAAACUCGUUCCCUCCUUUCCGAACUUGCACACCCUGAACCUCACCUCAACGUCCCGAAUCCCCUUCUCCGACACCUUCUUUGACCUCCUACCGUACCUUAUCUCCCUCCGCUCGCUCUCGCUAGCCGGCAAGUCCAUCGAGACCUCCUCCUCAACCGUUACCUCAUCCUCCUUCCUCCCUCGGCUCGCGGCAGCCACUCCAACUCUUCGCGGGCUCGACGUAAGUUACAUGGACUUCCCGCACGUCGCAGUCAAGAGCGUCGACUGGGAUGUCCGAUGGCUCGAACUGCGUGUCUUGGGGAUGCGGAGGGAGUGGGUGGAUUGGGAGGGCGAGGAGGUCGGGCCGGAGAAGCGCGAGCGGAUGAGGCGGGAGGUAUGGGACUUCAUCAGCCAGGGUAGACAGAAGAAGCGGAGGUGGAUUGAAGUGAUUGUAUAG